AGCUAACUCGCUGCCCAGGGCCGGGCAUCAGCCCUGCGGCUGCGCUUCUGCUGGGCGCCGCGGGCAGGCGCCAGAGUCGGGCUCCCGCGGUGCAGUGGCCCGGAGGCUGCUUAAGGUUUGGGCUGGAGCCGUCCUAAGAGCCGCGCCUCCUUCCGGCGCGAGUUAGAAAUCGCCCUCGGAGAAGAUGGAAGGGGAGAAGCGGCCGGCUCCGGGCCCGCCCUACGAAGGCGUGUUGGCGGACGGGCACCUGAUCCUGUGGACGCUGUGCUCGGUGCUGCUGCCCGUGUUCGUCACCUUUUGGUGUAGCCUCCAGCGGUCACGCCGGCAGCUGCACCGCAGGGACAUCUUCCGCAAGAGCAAGCACGGGUGGCAGGACACAGACCUGUUCAGCCAGCCCACCUACUGCUGCGUGUGCGCGCAGCACAUCCUGCAGGGCGCCUUCUGCGACUGCUGCGGGCUGCGCGUGGACGAGGGCUGCCUCAAGAAGGCCGACAAGCGCUUCCAGUGCAAGGAGAUCAUGCUCAAGAACGACAGCCGGGCCCUGGAUGCCAUGCCGCAUCACUGGAUCCGGGGCAACGUCCCGCUGUGCAGUUACUGUAUGGUUUGCAAGCAGCAGUGCGGCAGUCAGCCCAAGCUCUGCGAUUACAGGUGCAUUUGGUGUCAGAAUACAGUACAUGAUGAAUGCAUGAAAAACAGCUUAAAGAAUGAAAAGUGCGAUUUUGGAGAAUUCAGAAAUCUCAUCAUUCCACCAAGUUAUUUAACUUCCAUUAAUCAAAUGCGUAAAGACAAAAAAACAGAUUAUGAAAUGCUAGCCUCUAAGCUUGGAAAGCAUUGGACCCCAUUAAUAAUCCUGGCCAACUCUCGUAGUGGAACUAACAUGGGAGAAGGAUUGUUGGGAGAAUUUAGGAUCCUGUUAAAUCCAGUCCAGGUUUUUGAUGUAACAAAAACUCCCCCCAUCAAAGCCCUGCAACUUUGUACUCUUCUUCCCUAUUAUUCAGCUCGAGUACUUGUUUGUGGAGGGGAUGGGACUGUGGGCUGGGUCCUGGAUGCAGUUGAUGAAAUGAAGAUUAAGGGACAAGAAAAAUACAUUCCACAAGUUGCAGUCUUGCCUCUGGGAACAGGCAAUGAUCUUUCCAAUACAUUGGGCUGGGGUACAGGUUAUGCUGGAGAAAUCCCAGUUGCACAGGUCUUAAGAAAUGUUAUGGAUGCAGAUGGAAUUAAACUAGAUAGAUGGAAAGUUCAGAUAACAAAUAAAGGAUACUACAACCUAAGAAAACCCAAGGAGUUCACGAUGAAUAACUAUUUUUCUGUUGGACCUGACGCUCUCAUGGCUCUCAACUUUCACGCCCAUCGUGAAAAGGCACCAUCUCUGUUUUCUAGCAGAAUUCUUAAUAAGGCUGUUUACUUAUUCUAUGGAACCAAAGAUUGUUUAGUGCAAGAAUGUAAAGAUUUAAAUAAAAAAGUUGAGCUAGAACUGGAUGGUGAGCGAGUAGAACUGCCUAAUUUGGAAGGCAUUAUAGUUCUCAACAUUGGCUACUGGGGCGGUGGCUGCAGACUUUGGGAAGGGAUGGGAGAUGAGACUUACCCUCUAGCCAGGCAUGAUGAUGGUUUAUUGGAAGUCGUUGGAGUUUAUGGGUCUUUCCACUGUGCUCAGAUUCAAGUGAAGCUGGCAAAUCCUUUUCGAAUAGGACAAGCACAUACGGUGCGACUGAUCUUGAAGUGCUCAAUGAUGCCAAUGCAGGUGGAUGGUGAGCCGUGGGCACAGGGGCCCUGCACUGUCACCAUAACUCACAAGACACAUGCACUGAUGUUAUAUUUCUCAGGAGAACAAACAGACGAUGACGUCUCUAGUACUUCAGAUCAAGAGGACAUAAAGGAAAUGGAAUAGAUGGAUGAAGAAAUGAAAACUUUGUUUAGAAUCUGCACAGACAAGUCGAUCGAGAUGCAUCCAAAAUUAGGGAUUCACUAUUAGCUGGUCCAUUUAAUUCCUUCAGAAGUAUGAUAGAUAUACAUUUAUGUAAAUUGCAUUCCAAAAGCAGCCAAACCUUCAGUUAUUGACAAAAGCUUGUUCUUUUCUCAGCUUUGAAUGUAUAGUACUAACUUUUAAAGAGUCACAUGGAGUGGUUUUCAGCUUAUGUAUUGAGGGUGGGACUCACUCUGAAGUAUGCACUGUCUCAUUCCUUAUUCUUGAACCACACAUUUGAUAGACAUCCAGCAAAAUGUGGGUGGGAAAAUCACUUUAAUUUGGUGACACCGUAGUAUUUUAAAAAUUAAAUUAUUUUUCCGAAAGAAAAUGAUAUAAAUGUCAAACCCACAUGACACUACUAGGCUUCCACUUGCAACAUGUCUCACUUCAGCCAAACAGUGAGUGGAUAGAUUUCCAGGAAACCUGAAAAGGAAAAUUUUAAAGAAAGACCAUACUUUAAUUUUUUACUAUAGUUUUUAUGUGAGAAACACUUUCAGGCCCCCAAAUAUUGUUUGGCUGACCCCAUUAAUGACCCUGUUGAGCUGAGAUUCAAAGUCUGUUUUAUAACCCCAGUGUAACCGAAGGAGCACCAGAUAGGUGACUUGGCAAAAAUUAAAAUUCAGAGCAUUUUGGAUUGAAAGUUAUAGAUUGCAGCAGGACAGUUCAGCAACUUGUUUUUGAUAAAAAGUCAGUGUGUCAAUGAUUCAAAAAAAUGUGCUGAAAGAAACUUACUAGUCAAAUUACUUUCUCAAAAAAAAAUUCAGUAAUGACUGAUAAGUUUUUAAAAUCCAGUUGUCUUGUAGUAUUUGAAAUAGAUAGUGUUUUAUAUUUAAAGCCCUUGACAGAAUUUCCCCAAGGCUAGGGUUGGGGAGGAGGGAGAUAGACUCUUCUGCUAAAGUCUUUAUAUCGUAUUUAUUUUAAAAUGAAAAAUCUAUAUUUUUUACUUAUUUAUUUACUUUGUGGUAUAAUACCUGUGUUUAAAUAAUUUUUUACAAUAUGUCUUUAUUUAAAAGUCAAAUUAAAUUAGGUGAAUUCUUCCAGUCACAGUUAAUCAGAUAGAAAUUUAGCUUACUGACUAAGUAAUUAAAAUCCGUAAUUUAAUUCACCUGAAAGAUACUACCCAGAUAUUCUCACUCAUCGGAGAUAGUCCUCUUAAAAAAAAAAAAAAAAGAAUGAAAAGCACUGGCACAUUACUUUUGGAUAACUGAGAGUGCUGUUUCACUCUUUUGCCCCUCAACUGCUAGUUUCAUAGGUGCCCAUUACAGGGCGCUCCUCUGCUGUUGCUAACCAGCCUGCCUCUUAAAUGCCCUGCAAUUAGACAAACCCAGUGGGGUCCAGCACAGUUUUUUUUUAUGGGCUUGGUGGUCUUUUGUGACAUUAGUCUCUGAAAGAUUAUAAUGUAUCCCCCAAAACACCAUUAGCUCCCCUUAAUCUGUUAUGGAUUGGGCAUCGGUGCAUUGCCAUAAACUUAAAUUUGAGUCACCUUCAGACCUGGGCCAUCUUUUUUGAAGGAACAAUUUAGUAUAUAAAGUAAUUGAUAUUCAUAUAAAAUACUUUUAUUUACUUAACCACUUCCAGAGCUCAGUGGAUGCCAAAUUCCGAUAUUGAAAGAUUCUGUGAGCAGGUCUGUUUCACCUUAUUCAUAAAUGUUUCUAGGCAGGUAACUUUCUUUUGUGGUGGUGGGAGAUUUUGAUUUUCUAUUUUAUGUACUGAUCAUGUUUUGAAUAUAAUGAGAUUUAUCCUUUUAUUUAAUUCAUGGUCAGAAUUGUUGCAGAUGUCACGUUUUAUAAAUACACUAUUGUUUUAGAUUAUAUUUUACCUAUAACACAUAGGUAAUUGUAGAAGCAAGGUAAAUAGUUUUGUAGAAGCCAAGCAGAUAGUUAAUUGGGGAUAUCAGAACUCAUAUAAUCAAAAUAACUAUUUAGGUUUUUUAGUUGUUAAAACUGUACUCUAAGCAAAAUAUUACAUGGAUUUAGAAUAGAUUUAUGUGCAACUCCCUCACUUACUUAAACAAAUUGAUUUUUCAGUUAUAAACCAGUGAGGUUUUUUCCCUACCAACCCUUCAUGAAGUUUUUCUGCUGCCAUAUUCACUCAUUCAUACUUUUAUUUUGGAAGGUUAUUUAGAAUACCAUAUCAUAAAACAUCCUUAUCUGGUCUGAGCCAACUUCAUUUACUUUUUUAGUCACAUCCACCCAGCAGUUCAAAUAAAUGUGAAAGGUAGGCAUAUGCCUUGUUUUAAAUAGAAUUUUCGUAUUUGCUACAUAUAUUAGGAUAGCAACUGUUUACAUUACCAGGGAUUCUAUACUUUACAAAAUAACUUACCAGAAUUUCCUGUUCCAUUUUAAGCUGUCUUGAUUUUUUUUUUUUUAAUUCUACAUUCUCAGGAAUAAAUAUGAAAGUAGGACAUAGCUCUCCAUAUCUGUUUUCAGAUUUCUUUCAUCUUUCACUGUCCUAAUACAUUCCUAACUCUUCAUAAACCUAGUGGCUUAAAUAUUGAAUACCUGGCAGCUCUUACAGAUCACACAAGUAGAUGAUAAUUUUCAUUGCUUUGUUAUGUUUACUAUAAAUCAAUCUUUGUGUUUUAAAAUAGUUUGUCUAAGAUUGUAUUGUCUUAAAUGCAUUUUUAUUUUCUGCAACAAUUCGCUGUGAAGCCCUAAUGUUGCUAACUAAUGUGUAUACAAAUUUUAUAGACAAGAUUAUUUAUUUUUAUUUUUUUAGGCUCUGUUAUAAAACAUGUAGUAUUUGCUUUUUUAAGAUACGUUUGCUUACUUAGCAUUAUAAAUUAUACUGUGACCUUUCUGCACUGUAAAGACAAAUACUGCCAGUAUGUCAAAAGAAAAAUAAUUUGCAUUUGUAAUAUAAAGUAAAAUUGUACUUAUGUAUAAUAUGGGAUUUUAAAUUUGCACUAUCUAGAAACUUUAAAAGUUAUGUUCAUUUACAGAUUAAUAUGGAUCCGAAUACAUAAUUUGUACUUACUCCACCAAAAAGGUUAAUAGACUGGAUGAUCAUUUUGUGUGUGUUUUCCCUCUAAAUGAUAAUAUUGAAGCAAGAACCAGCACUUUAUAUUCAGAAAUGUUUUUAAAUUCUACCUAAUUUGAGGCCCUGGAUUGUAGGUAUAUUUAUGAAAAUGUAUCUAGAAAUUUAAGAAGAAAAGAUAGUUUUGUUACUCUAUCGAAAUCUGAAUGAAGGUACAUUUUCAGCAACAAGACACAAAAUGUCUUGCAUUUUGCUUUUAAAAUGCAUUCCCCUGGCGUUUCUCAAAUUUUCCCUGUAAGGACUGUCUCCUGUUUCUACAAGCGUGAUCUGCAGCAUAUCUGCAGGCAUCAGAGUCAUCUGGGAGCUUCGUGCAAAGAAUGGAUUCUUGGGCUCAACCCCUGACUUAAUGGUAUCUCUGGAGAUGGGACGCAGAAAUCUGUUUUUAUUAGCAAGCACCUCAGGCGAUUGUUUGCACACUGAAAUUUGAAAGCAUCUGCUCUGUGCCUCGUGUCACCCAGGCCUUGUCCCAGAUAUCAUGCAAAAGAACUGAAUUAAUUGAAUGUUCCUAAAGUUGUAUCUCCUUUACUAACUGCCCUCUUUGUGCCCCACCCCCACCCCAUCAUUCUUCUAAAAGAACUCUCUGAAUCUUGUUCAUAUUCUGUCCAUAUUGUUGUAUUUCUCUUAAACUCUAUUGCAUAAAAAUUGGUGGCCCCAGA